AAAAAGUAAACAAUUAGCGGAAUAAAACAAAGUAAAACUGGAUAAUCUAAUUAUUAACAUAUAAACAAGUGAUGGACAGCCAAGUAAGUUCGAUAAAGAGCACCAAUUGAUGAUCUAUUAUUGGACAUUGUGGACAAUGCUUGGCGCAUGGAAGUAUUGCCGUUCGAUCAGAUAUUAGUACCAAUUGAGAAGCUACCCGAUCCCGAAGCUGACGGUGGUGAUUCACAUCUGACAUUAAGCGAACAGGAACAAAAGUGGACGGAUUUGGCGCUCGGCUCAUUGGCACCGGAUGCCGCUUUAAUCGAUCAGCUCAACAUAACAGCUAUCUAACCAAGGACGAGCAGCCCACGUGUGAGCACGUCCCCAACUCUGCUGGUACCACAAG